AUGGAACAAGUUCAUAAAUCGGUUAUCCCGACAAUUUCUGCCUCAAUCUCCGAAAAGCAUGAGCCGAGCCCGGCCACCUCGAUGGAGUCGAUUCUAUGGGAUGAGAAGAAACAGAGGCCUCGUUCGCUUCGAUCGGUGACAUUCACGGGAGCAACGGUGAUCCGAAUCACGAGAGAUGAUGAUGAGAAAGGGGAAAUGACACAGUUGAAUGCGGUUGAACCACCGCGCCGAGCUAGCUUCUAUGUGAAAAUCGUGACGAUUAUCUUCCUCAAUUUGGUCGCCGCUUCUCUUGUCCUCAUUUUUGUUCUCUCAAAGAAGCACAAC